AUGUCGCCUAUCGAAAGACUACCGACUGAGAUCGUCCAGUUCAUCGCCGAACUGUGUACCUGGGAUUCAGCCCCCCCCAAGUAUGGCUUCCCUUCUAGAAUCGACGCAGAUCGCUACCGCUGUGACGAGGCCUGGGAACCUCGGUUCCGCCAUUUCUAUGAUAUCUUGAACGAGCGACUUUACACGCGAAAUCUAUCCCGCGACCCAAACUAUUGCUCUUGCCUUCGCUGGGCUGUCCGUCAUAACCGACUGGAGACUAUCCAACGAGCGGUGACAUACGGUGCAGACUUGUCCUCGUACGGGCUGCCUUCAGAUGUGGUAUACUCAAACACCAUCUAUGGAGCCACAGACUAUCGCAUGAAGGUGAACGGUGUUCUGAUACCAUGUACCGAAUACCAAUUCCACAGCUCGUGGGGACCGCCCCUCUCUGACGCUGCUUCCCGCGGCUUCACAGAAAUUGUUGCCUUUCUCCUAGAAGCCGGGGUCGACGUUGAAAAAGAAACACAACACCGGACGAGCUUUCCACUUGAACGAGCCAUACAAAACGGACACGAAAAGGUCGCCGAGAUGCUCGUUAGCCGUGGGGCCUACCGCUCCCGAAGGGAUUUAUCGGCACUUCCCUCUGCUUUUGCCAAGGAUUUUAAAGGCGUUGUCACAACCCUUCUGCAGAGGAAUGAAAAUGACGGUGCGUCUUUCAACGGAAAACUUCUUUAUGGUGCUUCGUCCGACAAUCUGGAGCUUGUCACGCAAUGUCUGAAGGAUUCGAAAGCGAACGUCAACACCCAGGAUACAAUGGGAAAUACUGCACUGCACCUAGCCAUCAACUCCCCCAAUAGAGGAUUAGAGGUUGUCAAAUUUAUUCUACAACAACCCGGGGUUGGAACUUUCUUUGGAGACAACGAGGGGAAAGCACCCGUUCAUCUAGCGGCGCUCAAGGGUCGGAUGGACAUUGUCCGGCUUCUCGCCGAAAUGCCAGACUUUGACGUCAAUGACCGAACAAAUAUGGACAAAACUGUCUUGCACAUGGCUGCCCAAGCAGCAAGUUUAGAGACAUUUACCUACUUUCUGAAACACCCUGAUUUCAAUGAUCCGGAACGCGAAGACCUGCGCAAGGUAUUGGAAAUUAUUUCUCGCAUGUCGGACGAGGAUCUGGCAAAGGAUUUUGUGGAUCGCUUGGUUGAACGAGUAGCUCUGCUAGAGCCAGACAGCUCUGCUGUCGUUAAUGCCAUUCACUAUGGAAACUUGUCGACCGCAUCGAAACUUCUUUCCCUAACUUCCCAAGAAUACUUUGACAGCGAGUAUGUUCGUGAGGCUCGGAGAAGAGGAAGAUCCGGUCCCCUUCACCAUGCUUUGAUGCUACAGGACCCUCGAGUGACGACCUUCGUCAAAAAAUUAAUAGCACGCGGUGCGGAUGUCCAAAUUGCCUCAAGGUACAGCAGCGUACCUUGGCAAGUAAUGAUGAGUGAAGCCACGCCGAUAUUCUUUGCCGCUACCUUUGCCCGGAAUACAGACUGCAUGAAGAUGCUUUUCGAAGCCGGUGCGGACGCAACUUCUGCCGUACAGGCCCUAGGAACUCAGGGUAGCGGACAUCGCACUAUGUCGAUGCUGUCGGCGCUAUUCAGUUAUGUUUGGAGGGAGCGAUGGGGACUCGUGAAAUGGCCUGUCCAGUAUUCUGGACUGAAGGAGCCACCUAUUGCCCAAAGCAUGUCUGAGCUGGAAGAUCAAAUUUUAAUGCUGCUUCAGCAUGGCGCAACCUUGAACAAGGUUGGGGAUUAUUCGUCAGCUUUGAGUCUUGUGUGCAAGGACGCCUUGCAGACCUCUUCCUUUAGUUUUCUCAGGUGGUUGACAGACAAUUCGACGGCAAGGAACGUGAGUGUAGAACACGUGGACUCACUACUCUGGAAACACCCCCUGGUCGAAGAUGAACAGGAGCAAAGGAAACUACAUGAUCGCAUCGGAGAGCCCGAGGACUAUCACGGCUUCAUCAAGUGUCUCAAAAAGCUCGGGGAAAUACACAAGAUUCUUAAAGGGUUCAAGGAAAAGCUACUACGCGAAGGAAUUCAAGAUUAG